AAGUAGCAAACAUCCAAAUCUUUUCACCUCAGGAAUAUAUAUGAGCUCAAUUUGUCCAUUUACUGAAUCAUGGACCAAUUGCCAAAAAUGACAAAAUAGCACAUCAAAUGACAUUAAAUCACAUCUUCACACAAACUCAAAUUUUAUUGGUACCUUCAUGGGACCUAUGAUGACGUGUCAUCCCAAUAAAACUCAAUUAUUAUAGUUGCAGGACCAAACAACACGUGGCAAUAGAAAAAACCCCCACGUAGGUGCUCUUAGUGCACACGGUCCUAGAACGUUUGGACUUUUCUUCCCUCAACCUUCCAGAAACUUCUUCAAAACUAAUGGCCACAAAUCAACGAACAAAAUAGCGGCCAGAAUAACGCCACGUGUAAGUUAAACCACGUGACAUUCCUACGUGGCGCACGCAUUCCACUGAAAAUGAUACGACCUCUUUUUAAUCAACACAUUGUUAGGUCAAUUGAUUGAUUCUCUCACUCUUCAAAACUUCUAUUUUCUCGCACAAUUUUCCCGGAAAGUUUCUCAGAAACCGCCAGAAAAUAGUUUUGAAAUUAACUGCAUUGGGUUCUGUGUGUGAAAUUUUGGUGAGAAAAUCGCUAUGGAUGGUGAAGAGUGUGAAGCAUUGGAGAAAUUGGUUUACAUGUGGGGGUACUUACCGGGAGCUUUACCGCAAAGGACGCCGUUGUUAACGCCGUUUAGGGUUCCGGUGUCUGGUUAUAACUGGAAAGAUGUUUCCGGUGGUGGUUGUGGAUUUGCAAUGGCUAUAUCUGAGCCAGGAAAGCUCAUAACAUGGGGUUCUACAGAUGAUCUAGGCCAAAGCUAUGUGACGUCCGGCAAGCACGGGGAAACUCCAGAGCCAUUCCCUCUUCCAAAUGAAGUUUCUAUUGUAAAAGCUGCUGCUGCAUGGGCACAUUGCGUUGCUGCAACAGAUUGUGGAGAAGUUUACACAUGGGGAUGGAAGGAAUGUAUUCCUUCUGGGAAGGUAUUUGGCGAAACUUUGUCAGGGGUAAGUCCUGAAAAAGAUGCACAAGGAAAGCAGGGUUCAUUCUUGACAGAGCAAGUGAGCCCUCGUUCUAAAGUCUCAAAAUCCACAGGAGGAACUGUUUCUGGUGGAGAAAUAAGUACUAAGAGAAGGAAAGUAUCUUCAGCAAAGCAAGCAGCUGAAACCUCAUCAUCUGGUGAUGAUAUUCUAACAGCAAUGCCAUGCCUUGUCACACUUAAUCCAGGGGUAAGGAUAACAAGUGUUGCUGCCGGUGGGCGGCAUACCCUAGUAUUGUCAGAUAUAGGACAGGUGUGGGGUUGGGGCUAUGGAGGUGAAGGGCAGCUUGGUUUGGGCUCCAGAAUACGUAUGGUGUCCUCUCCUCAUCUUAUUCCUUGUAUUGAUUCCUCUUCUUAUGGCAAAGAUAUAUCAGCAUCACUGUCUCAAGGAAGCAUGAGUUCAGAGGGACAAAAUUUUAGGAUUCCUGGAAGUUGUAUAAAGGCUAUUGCCUGUGGUGGUCGACAUAGUGCAGUAAUCACAGAUGCUGGAGCUGUGCUUGCGUUUGGUUGGGGACUUUAUGGACAGUGUGGGCAAGGAAGUACAGAUGAUGAACUAAGUCCGACCUGCGUGUCUUCCUUAUUGGGUAUUCGAAUAGUGGGAGUUGCUGCAGGUCUGUGGCAUACUGUUUGUACAUCUGCUGAUGGUGAUGUAUAUGCAUUUGGUGGAAACCAGUUUGGGCAGCUGGGAACUGGUUCUGAUCAAGCUGAGGUUCUACCAAGACUACUGGAUUGUCAGAGCUUGGAAAAUGUGAACGUAAAGAGCAUAUCUUGUGGGGCUCGUCACACUGCUCUAGUAACAGAUAAUGGAAAAGUCUUCAGCUGGGGAUGGAACAAGUAUGGGCAGCUGGGCCUUGGGGACGUGAUUGACCGCAACAUUCCUUCCGAAGUCACAAUUGAAGGUUGUGUAGCUAAAAAUGUUGCAUGUGGUUGGUGGCACACUCUUCUUUUGGCCGAGUCACCCACUUGAUGCCAUGGCGAGGCUUUUGGACCCAAUUUUGUUAGCUAGCUGUUCUCUUUUUAUUAUUGGUAAAAAGGGUAUAUCACUAAGUUAUAUGUAUAUGUACAUACAGUAGUGGAAUGUAUAUGCAUAUAUGCUUGUAUUCUUUCAUGGUUUGAAUUACCAUGAUUGGCUCUAGCUAUUAACAACAUGGAUAGUAAUUUCUAGUAUGUGGAAAGGAAAUUUUGGGUCCUUUCCAUCUAUGUAACAUUAUGUAUUUCAAAGUGUAUAUGUAAUUUUAUAGUUAGAUAACUGUAAGUUGGUAUGCUGAUUCCUAACAUGAAGUUGUGGACUUGUGGGUGGGGGGGUAUGGGGAGGUUUUAUUGGCAAUCUCACGUAUGAGGAAAGUUGAAUCAUUAAUUUGGAGAUGACAGAUAAAACUAUGAUACAUUUAAUAGUUUUGCUUGACA